AGCAACCAGUAUUUCUAAAAGGGGUCAAAAGCAAGGCAAAAAUACGUCCAAAAUUCAUUUGUGAUAAAAAGUGUUUGUGAUUCAUAAAAAAUAAAUUAAACCAGCGCUUCAUUAGUGUGAUAUCGUGAACAAAUUGUGAUCAAAAACAUAACUCACUUAGUCAAAAUUGUAACAACCUGUGAUUCGCAUGUCCAACUCACCUUUACCAACAAUCCUUCGAGGACAAACCUCGACUUUUACACCUUAAAACAUUUUUUUACCAUGUUAUCCUACAUGCUCCCUGGUGAAGGAAAGUCUUCAUCCCCUCACCAUGUUCACCAGACGAUAUCAAAUCAGCAGAAGUCGCGAUUGCAAUUGGACUUAGAUACAAAUUCUUUGGAAUCUGCCCAGAAUUCUGCACCUAAGAUGACCCCUAUUAUCAGAACUGUCGAAGUCACAGAAACCAGAUAUAAGGAAUUGAGGCAUCCUGUUACUGGCCAAGUUUUAGAUGCCACCAGAGACCAAAAUGUCCAGGAGAUGGUUUUUAGUAACCCUCAAAUUUUAAGAGAUCGACUGGAAAAGACUAUGAUUAAACAGACUAACAGUGGACAGGUACCUUUCGAGAAAACAACUUACACCAAGACCCAAGCAUAUCCAAUCCACCAACAAUUUUCCACAAACAAUAAUAACACAUCAGAAAAAAUCGCCCUACAUGCAAAUUUCUGGUGUCAUAAAACCAACCGGCUCUGUCAACCAAAAACGAAAUAA